UGUGUCGUGAAUAACAUACAGGGGACUUUGUGAGAGGCGUCCACGUAACCCCCCACAACCGUAGUUAUCGGCUUUUUAAAGAGCCGGUCUCCAUCAUCGGAUGGGACCCGCCCUAACGUACACACCCUCCCGCCUCUGUGUGGUAUUGAUUGUCCCGGAUAAAAAAGAAACGAAAGACAGAAAGUAAAAGAAAAAAAAAUGGGGAGAAAAAUGUAGUUCCGCCUUAGUUUUCCACGCAUAGCAGCGAAUAAGAGAAAGAAAUGUGUGUGUGAUGACGGCGGAGUGGGUUCUACAAAAGUUGUCGCUUCCAACUUUCUCUAUGUCUGAAUCUAAAUCUUUUUUGAGACGAAAAUCCUCUUUACCAACUGCCGAUGUUUCGUCAAGUGGACCAAAACGACGAUGAAGAGUUCGUCGUACUGACUGGAUACUUUUUCUUUUACUUUUUGAGAGUUCUUCUUCUUUAUGCCAAGCUCAAUCUCCUCCUCCCAUUUCAAUAUGUGUGAAACAAGUCCUCAACCUUAUAUGUACUGGACGUACCACCCUCUCCACCCUCCCAUCUUUGUCAACUGACAAUGGCCGUUGCUACGUUACUACUAUACAACUGCACACUUGGUGUGGCUCUUGUUAUUGAUUCGCUACCUUGUUGUGUGUGUGUGUGCUCGGCCGUUGGUGGUGGUCGCUGGAUGGAAGGUGAGCUCGAAGGAGCGGGCGAUGGAGAGUAAAGAGAAGAGAGAGAGAGGAGCGCGUCAGGUCAGAGCGCACCCCCUGCUCCACCCCUCGAGGGGUUUGGCUCCCAGCCGUUGCAAAGGAACGGUGCCUCUCAGUCGCUUUCGGAGGUAGCCAUCCGUCAGAUGUGUGUUGUGGUGCCCUCCUUUUUGUAGGUGAUUGAUUUUUGUUGCGUUGCGCCGUGGUGAAAUCGCCACAUUUUAUUGUUGCACUACCCCAGUUGUUUUUCCUGGGUAUUAUUUGUUGUUGUUGUUGUUGUUGGUGGAUCGGACGAGAUGGAUGAGUUUGCCGCUAUGCCACCGUCGGCCGAUCGGUUCGGAUCGACGUCAUCAUCUCCGGCCGAUAUGCACAGACCGCGACGUCAUCUGCCGUCGCCGGCCCUGGCGCAGGCGACAUCUUUGCUCCGCUUGACCCAAACAUACGGUGGCAGUUUUGAUAUUUGCGAUUUGAGUGCACUGCACUUGUCGCUCACCAGUUCCCCAUCGGCACCUGUCGUCUCUUCGUCUGUCCUUCAUCCGUCUGGGCUGAUUGGAGCGGCCGGCCGUAAGCUGCCCGUUCCGGGACGGGCCCAACACCACCAGCAGCACCACCACAACAAGAUGUCGUCAGCUGUUCACCACAUGAGUCAGAGCGAUUUGAUGAUGGCGAGUGUGGCCGAUGCCAUGGACGAAAUGGACGCGCUCAUCCGCCCGUCGUCCGGAUCGGCAUCCGUCAUCAGCGCCCGCGAUUCGCCGAAGCUGUCGCUGUCGAGGAAACUGCCUGUGCCGCCCGUGUCGGCCGCAACCAAAGUUAUCAACCAAUCACGACGCCUUUUGCCACGACCCUUGUCGUGCGACGUGCCCUGCGUUAGCGAUGCGGAUAUCGCCGCUGGCCUCCAAUCGGCUGCCGCGUACCUGCCGGCUGGGACGAGUCAGCGAGCCAGAAGCUCUCAACUCUGCAGCCGGCCUUAUUCGUUUGAUUACUCUUCCGGAGCGGAAGCCGAAUUGGAAGAGGCGGCUUUGCUUCAUCAGCAGCACCAGCACCACCACCAGCAGCAGCAACAGCAACAGGGCGGUAUUGCCGGGAGCGAUCCCAGUCUUUUGUAUCUGGAGACGCAGAACCGGCGCAGUUUAAUCCGCCAGUCAAGCACGACGUCUUGCCCGGCUUUGGUCCGUCCUUGCGCAUUGUCGCCGCGCUCGCCCAAAUACCGAACGGCGGACGCUUCCUCGUUCAGCGGAAGCGUCAGCGGCGGCAGCAGCAUCAAUACGACCCCCAGUCCUUUGCCUCUUUUGCAUCCAUCCCUCUUGUCCACGACCGAUCCCACUGCCUAUGUCCCAACCGGAGUCCUUGUGCCUUUCACUACCCCAUCACAUCACCACACCGCCUUACCUUUAUCGAUUGGGUCCAGUCAAGCGGUCGCCACGGCUGGAGUAAUAAUCCCACCCCGUCCUUAUUUAUGGCCAGCCACGGCGGCGGCGGCGUCUACGAUUGCUACUCACGAGAAUCCCUCACUAAUGAUUCCCUCGACCGGAUCGGCCUUUCGUGCCCCGCCACUCGGCCCUCAAUACCGACAAGCCUCACUCUCCCUCCCGCCAAGUGGGCUCGAUCCGCCGCUUGACACCAACAACACCAACAACACCACCACCUCAUCCACUUCUGCUUCUACAACCACUUUGGCUAUGCGUCGCCACCGUUUCCAUGACGUCGGCGACGGAGGCGGCUCGUUCUGCGGUCCUUUCGGUGAAUUCGCACAUUACCGACUCGACAUGCAACGUCCGUCUCGCUCCCGCCAGCCCGUCCGCAACAGCGUCAUAUUGGCGGCCAGGAACGAUGUCAAAGGAUCCAUUUCCGAAACGCUCGACGAAGACGAAGAGAUCCUCGGCUCCGAUGAUGACGAACAAGAAGAUCCAAGGGAUUACACCAAAGGUGGUUACCAUCCGGUGAAAAUCGGCGAUCUCUUUCACAAUCGAUACCAUGUCGUGCGCAAGUUGGGCUGGGGCCAUUUCUCCACCGUCUGGCUCUGCUGGGACUUGGUGGCGAAACGGUUUGUGGCGCUCAAGGUGGUCAAGAGCGCGUCGCAUUACACGGAGACGGCGCUGGACGAGAUCAAGUUGCUCCGCUGCGUCCGCGAGAGCGACGAAACGGACCCGAAACGCGAGAAGACGGUCCAGCUUCUUGAUGAUUUUAAGAUCAGCGGCAUUAAUGGCACGCACGUCUGUAUGGUCUUUGAAGUGCUCGGUCACAAUCUUCUCAAACUCAUCAUACGCAGCCAGUACCAAGGCAUUCCUCUGCUCAACGUCAAGACCAUCAUCCGCCAGGUUCUCGAAGGUUUGGACUAUUUGCACACCAAGUGUCGCAUCAUCCACACGGACAUCAAACCCGAGAACAUUUUGAUUUGCGUCGAUGAGCCAUUCAUUCGGAAACUCGCAGCCGACGCUACCCAGUGGCACAAGAUGGGCAUGAAACUCCCCGGUUCUUUAGUGAGUACGGCGCCCAAAGAACUGCAGUCUACCAAUACGACCAACAUGUCAAAAAGCAAGAAGAAGAAGAUGAAAAAGAAGGCCAAAAAGAAGGCGGAGUUACUGGAAAAGCAGCUCCAGCAAUUGGAGGAGCUGGAAGAGAAUCUCCAGAUUAACGGAUGUAAAGAGACGGAAACAAACGGAACGAGCUUGCAAGCUGCGGAUGAAGCGUGCGCGGCGAAUCUCACUCUCAGGAACGGUGGAUCCAACAAUGUAGAACAUCGCAAGAGUUUUGCGGAGAUGACGGAGGCUCAAGUUCAUCCGGCUUCGUCUGCUUCCGCUCCCGAGGGCUUCCUUAACCCUCAGGAUAAUCCGAACGACAACGAGAACUCGACGACCAGUGAAAGCGGAAUGCGUCGCACGUCUUCGGUUCCAGAUCAACGGUCGUUGCUGGACAAGAGACCAGAUCCCGUCCGAGAAGUCUGGCCUGACAUGUUGGUGAAAAUUGCAGAUUUGGGCAACGCCUGCUGGGUGCAUCACCACUUUACGGAGGAUAUUCAAACGAGGCAAUACCGUUGCCUUGAAGUUUUAUUGGGUGCUGGAUACGGGACUCCGGCCGAUAUUUGGAGCACGGCCUGCAUGGCGUUCGAGCUGGCCACCGGUGACUACCUGUUCGAGCCGCACUCUGGCGAGGAUUAUUCAAGGGACGAGGAUCAUUUGGCCCACAUAAUCGAACUUUUGGGUGAUAUUCCAAAACAGAUUGCGGCUUCUGGGAAAUACUCGCGGGUCUUCUUCAACAAAAAGGGAGAAUUGCGGCACAUCACGAAGCUGAAGCCGUGGGGUCUCUUUGAGGUGCUAACGGAAAAAUACGAGUGGGAUAUCCAGCAAGCGCGGGACUUUGCCGAAUUCCUGUAUCCCAUGUUGGCGUUUGAUCCGAACCAGCGAGCGACGGCGGCCGAGUGUCUACUUCAUCCGUGGCUUACGGGCGUGCCACUUGACGGCCAUCAGCAGCAGUUGCAGGCCGAGCGCCGUCAAUGUUUGUCGUUUGUUCACCAACCGACCGAAGAGGUUGGUGACUUGGACGAUGAGGAGGAGGAUGACGACGACGAAGAUGAGGACGAUGAGGAUGACGAUGAAGAUGAUGACGACGACGACGAUGAUUCGCCUCGGCAGGUCGUCGUCCCUUCAUGACAGUCUUCCGAUUCGACCGCAAUUCGUCGCUCACAUUGAUCAACCACCCGACCACUUCUCCAUCAUCCCACUACCCCACACUAAACACAUAAAAGAAACACGUAACCAUCAUCUCUCAUUCAUUAAAAUGGUCCUGAAAUUAUUUUUUUGGAUUUUUGAUUCCCAUCCAUUCUUCCAGUUUGUUGACUUCAUCUAUUCCACCUUAACUUUCAUGAAACACAGUCCCUGGGCAGGGAGAAUCAUAUCCAUUUGAUGAGAAAACAAGCUGUCCCUCCACUAUCGUUCCCUCCCAUUCUCGUGUGUUUUCGAAUCAAAUCAGAUUUAAAAAUUUUUAUUUACACAAUUUGAUGGGAAAACAAGACAGGCCCUUGCAAAUGGAAUUCCAUCACUAUUAUAUCACCAGUCGCUUGGUCUGCAUUCAUAUAGAAACAAUAACAAAAAACGGGAAAAGUUUGCCAUCACGAGGAUUUCCAUUCCGAUUGCGGAAUGCGUUGCGAAAUUUGAUUUGCCGAUCACGAGACUCGGCGUCCAUUUGACCCGCUGGAGCCGUCGUUGGCCGAUUUUUAAUUUAUUUUCUUGUGAGUGAAAGGAUAGCCAACGCGUGCGUCUCGCCCAUUUAGACAUUGAGACAGCGUCGCCCGGAUGUUUGAAAAAAGAGAAAAGCGCCGAUUAAAUUAUUCUUUGAAUGUCGUCCCGACAUUCCAGACCGCCGUGACGGUACUCGAGAUGGCAUGACGUGUCUUGAAUUUGAUCGUCAUUUGUUCCUUUUUUUUUGGGUCUUGUCUUUUUUGUUAAUGAGCAAAGUUUGGAGACUUAACGAACUUGGGUGGCACGAGAGGUGGGUGGUGUGAGGCCCUUACCGGUCGUGACAGGAGACAUUAGGGAAUGGUACCUUAUGUGAUACGCCGUCGUCAAGGUCGAUUUCUUCAAAUUUUUUUCCCGUUUAAAAAAUGUCUUUAUUUUAAAACCAUCUCGUUUAGCCUGCGGGGUAGGGCGUGGGUAGGGGGAUUUCACGUGUCGGUCGAAGAAUCCCAGGGCAAUAUCUAUCUCAUUGAAGUGGGUGAUUUUUCUUUUUUUUUCUUUUGCAUAUUGAUGUUGAUGCGUGAUGUCGGCAAGUUGUACUCGAAAAGGUGGAAGCAAAAGACAUUGGUAGUAAAUGGGUCGCGCUCGAUUCGGUUAGUAGAUUGACUCUUGUUGCUCUCUCCUUGUACACCACCACCCACUCUCUACCCCCUUCCUCACCCAAUGUUUAUUAUCAUUUCAACCAAUUAAGUCAUUGUAGACCUCGAUUGAAGACAAGUGAAGAAGAAGAAGGAAAUUGUUGAUUAUCUUCCGAGUGCAAUCUACGGUUCUCUUGUAUCUUAUGUGACGCAAUCAACUCACCAUCCCUCCCUCGCAGUCUGUCAUCUUUAUUAUUUUUUUCUAUUUUCUGUAAUUGAGACGUCGAUCAGGAGGAGAAGGUGAACGAAAAUGGUUCGAAAAACAGACAAAAAAAAGUUUUGUUUGAGUUUUGUGUAUGGAAUCCCAACUCCCCUGAACCUUAUUGUCGUCAGUGGCGGAUUAUGUCACCAAUCCUGUAAAAAAAAAAAAACGAAAAAAAAAUAAAAUAAACCCCAUGUUUAACUUCUGGUUUUCUGAAUUUGUAAUUCCGAUUGUUGUAACUUGUCCCCCUUCACCACAAACGACUGACAUCGAUGACAUGAAACUUGGUCAAAUUUUUUUGCAAGAGAAAUGAACCGAGAAAACUGCAACCGAAGUAAAAACCUCUCGAUUGUUUGCCUCCGCUUUCCUGUAGUCUUUACUCAAAUGUUUGUCUCCUCUCUUCCAUCUGCCUCUCCCGACCCCUCCAUUGGCUGUACAGAUUUGAGUGGAAACACGAAAAGAAAAGAAAAAAACACUGGAAUCAAUUUUGGUCCUGAAAUAGUUGGGAACAAUGGCGCGAAGCGAAAUACAUCGGUAUUCUCGUUA